UUUAUCUCUCAGAGAGAGAGAGAGAGAGAGAGAGAGAGAGGGGAAAGAAGGAAGGCUCUUCAAGGAAAUAUGAGAACCCGUGGAGGGCUCUGUUAUCCUCGCGUCGUAUCCACCAUGUGUACAGAUGAAGCCGCCUUCGUCGGAAAAUUGCGUUCAGAUUUUAAAGUCGUUGCUAAGAGAAACAACGACUUGGACAUUGAUUCUACUGUUAGCCGGAAAAGGCGAAAGAAGUCGCCGGAAAAUUCUUCCGCCAGCGACCACUGUUUUUUCGAUUCCUUGCACGAUGACCUUAUCCUCGUUAUUCUCUCCAAACUUAGUUCCUCCGCCGCUUGCCCUUCCGACUUCAUCAAUGUCUUGAUCACGUGUAAGAGAUUAAAUGGAUUAGGACUGAGUUCUUCUGUGUUGUCCAAAGCUUCGCCCAAAGCCUUGGCCGUGAGAGCCAAGAACUGGUGCGAAUCUGCUCAUCACUUUCUGAAACGGUGCGUCGACGCCGGAAACGUCGAGGCCUGCUAUACUCUGGGAAUGAUUCGUUUCUACUGUUUGCACAACCGAGGAAGCGGAGCCUCGCUGCUAGCCAAGGCGGCGAUUAACUCUCACGCGCCAGCACUGUACUCCCUCGCCGUCAUACAGUUCAACGGCAGUGGAGGCACCAAAAACGAUAAGGACCUCAGAGCCGGCGUGGCUCUCUGCGCUCGAGCCGCCUUCCUGGGCCAUAUUGACGCCCUGAGGGAGCUCGGUCACUGCUUACAAGACGGCUACGGCGUCCGACAAAACAUCAUAGAGGGGCGGCGCUUCCUCAUCCAGGCCAACGCCCGAGAACUUGCCGCCGUGCUCUCCUCAUCCGCUGCCCCUGGCAUGCCGACACGCUCUUGGCUCACGUGGAAUCUCCGCCAAGUCUCUCAGCCUCAGCUCCGGCAUCUAGCCGUGUCGGGUUGCCCGCUCCUGAGUGAUUUCGGAUGCAACGUCCCGGUUCCAGAGGCCCACCCAGCAAAUCGGUUCUUAACGGAAUGGUUUGCGGCAAGGGGCGGGUUUCCCGGGCCGGGUCUUCGUCUAUGUUCGCAUGUGGGUUGUGGUCGGCCUGAGACGCGGCGGCAUGAAUUCCGGAGAUGUUCAGUGUGUGGGACAGUGAAUUAUUGCUCACGCGCGUGUCAAGCGCUUGAUUGGAAGUUCCGGCACAAGGUUGAGUGCACGCCGGUGGAGAGAUGGGUGGACGAUGAGGGUGAAGAGGCCGUUGAAGAUGCCGGCGAAGUUGACGGCGACGUUGAGAUGGCAGAUAAUAGUUAGAUUCUUUUUUAAAUGGCAACGGUGACGUUAGAUGAAGCCAUUUUUGUUGAGAAAAAUUGGGGGAAAAAAACUGUGGCGGAGAGGACAGAUCACCGACGCUUAGUGGUCAGAGUAGUUCGCCGGUGACGCGUGGACUAGUUCACCACUUUUACAUACCCAAUUCAUUUUGGUCAAUUUUUGAAAUUGUAAAAAAAAAAACAAAAAUUAAAAAUCUCUUUACCACUUGUCUCUCGCAUUUCAUCUUCCAAAAACGCCGAUUUCAGAAUAAA